AGUGUUUUUUAAAUGUUGCCCACAAGACGCUGAUGCUAGAGGCUAUGCUUCAUUCACAAUGAUAUCGCAUCGGGAACAAGGAGAACUUGCUCGUUUUUAUACUGUAACGGACCCCAAAAAGCAUCAAAAAGGAUAUACAGUGUAUAAAGUAACUGCAAGGAUCAUCUCUAGAAAGAACCCAGAAGACGUCCAAGAGAUCACAGUCUGGAAAAGGUACAGUGAUUUCCGGAAGCUACACCACAACCUCUGGCAGCUCCACCGGAAUCUAUUUAGCCAGUCUGAGCUUUUCCCACCAUUUGCCAAGGCCAAAGUGUUUGGACGAUUUGAUGACACAGUGAUUGAAGAAAGGAGACAGUGCUCUGAGGAUCUGCUGCAGUUCUCUGCUAACAUCCCAGCCCUUUACAGCAGCCAUCACAUCCAUGACUUUUUUAAGGGAGGAGAGGUCAGCGACGGCUCAGAACUCAUUGGACCAGCUGAACCAUUCUUGGACUUCUUGGCUGACAGCCUGUCAGACUGUGGCUCUGAAAUUCAGAGAGAAAACAGUGGAGCAGAUGAUCUGACCGUUACCAGUCAGUCUGAAUAUGGAGGUCCAUCCAGUGACAGUGACCUGAUAUCCCUGGCUGUAGACACAGACUCCCUGGCAGAGCUGGACGAUGGCAUGGCCUCAGGCCGUAAUUCGCCCAACCAGCCACUGGGGGGCUCCAACUCUAACAACAGCACCCACAGCAGCCCAUCUCUGCCCCACCUGCAUGACCACCACCAGCAGCACACCUCCACACCAGUCCCUGGCUGGCCAGCACCAGACCCAGAGGGCAACCGAUUCAGCAGAACAGGACUCUUCCCCUCCACUUUAACGCAAAGUAUCGCUAACACUAAAGAAACCAAGAGAGAUUACCUUGACAGGGCUAGUGAACGCAUCUUAUUGGCCGUGCAGAAGGAAGCAGAGCAGGAUUACCAAUCGUCAUUCUCAUAUUACAGGAGUGGGGUGGAUUUGCUUUUGCAAGGUGUUCAAGGCGAACCCAGCUCAGCGAGACGGGAGGCAGUAAAGAAAAGAACAGCUGAGUAUCUGAUGCGCGCUGAGCAGAUAUCCAAUCAGCAUCUCAGAAACUGCAUGGGUCAAGGGUCAACACAGACAGCGGUCAUGGGGGAUCAGUGCUCCACCCCCGCCAGCAGAGGGAACCGGCAGAGUCCAGCCGAGGAGCUCAGGGCCUACAGGGUACUGGGAGUCAUAGACAAGGUUCUUCUGGUAGUGGACAAGAGAACGCAGGAGACCUUUAUUUUGAAAGGCCUAAAGAAGAGCAGUGAGUGUGGAAGGCCCAAGCGGACCAUCAUGCCUCACUCUGUGCCCCACAUGGUGCGCCUGAGGAAGUUCAUAGUCUCAGAUGAUACAGUCUUUCUGCUACUGCAGUAUGCUGAAGGAGGGAAGCUGUGGUCUCACAUUGGAAAGUUUUUGCUUAACUCCAGCCCUGAGGAGAGCUGCGACAUUCCUUUCAUCCAGAAGAGCCACACCACGGCAGUACACUCUGCCCAACAAGCUGCUUCCGAGCUGGGUUUGGACUCUGGUAGCUCUGGGUCAGGGCAUGGAGCUGGUUCUGGCUGUGGACUUGAGAUUCAAGGGGAUUCUCCUCGUGUCCUUCCCCACAGGAGUGCUCUUCCUCUUGGGCUGGUUGACCGCCUAGGGCCCCAGUCGGACUCUGGAGCCACCUCAGAGUCAGAAGAGUGCACUGACAGUUAUCUGAAUCUCUGUAAUGAGUAUGAGCAAGAAAAGAUAGAACCGGAAGCCGUAAGUGAGGAUGAAGGAAAGGGGGAGGAAGAGUGCGGUUCAAGGGGACAGAAAGCGUCAUCGCUGGAUAUCACUAUUGAUGCAAUAACCACUUCCUCCAGGACUCAUUCGCUGCUUAGCAACAACAGCCUUUGCUCUCCAAUCAGCACACAGGAGCUGAGUUUGUUCACUGAGACUGCCGUGGACAACAGCUGGCACUGCCAGGACAACGGGCUGGACCACAACAAUGUUUUCAGCACAUCGCACUUCCCUGCCACUCCGCUUUCGUUGGACCAGUCCAAACGCUCACCCAUGGAGUUCUUCCGCAUUGACAGCAAGGACAGCGCCAGCGAGGUGUGUCCAGACUUGACCGAGCCUAGGCCCAAAUCAGACCCUUCGGAGCCCCUCCCCUACCUGUCCACCUCUGACAUGGGCUCGGAAGUCACUGACCUGUCGGAGCUGGCAGAAAAAGCUAAAGGUCACAGAGGUUGGUUUGACCCGUGGGGUCCAGACUGCAGUGACCAGGGCUCCAAUGAGUCAGUACCAGUCAUCUCCUUUAAAGAGGCGGUGGUGGAGGACGAAGGGCGGCCCCCAGAUCUCCUGGUUAACCUGCCUGGGGUCAUGGCCGGGGUAGAAUCAGGGCAGGUGGAGGUGCUGGAGGAGGAGCUGGUGUUGUCAGGGGUGUGUUUGGCCCUGGAUGCUAAAACCUCCCCGAAAUUCACUCAGCCGGAUGUCCUGCAGCUCCACCAUGAGCUGGAGGACGGGGAGGAGCUAGCAGUCGUGCAUGCCAUUCCCGUGGACAUAGACACACCCUCAUCCUCCCCUUGCACGUCUUUGUGGGAUGAUUGCGGCCUGGCCUUCUCACAGGACUCGAAAAUUGACAAAAUGGCUGCCACAGCUCCCUUACUCUCAAAUAGAGACUUCCUCCCAGCAAGCGUGGUGUCUGUGGCUUUGCCCUCUUCCUCCAACACAGACAUACCAUUCACUGAUUCGCUCGGCCCACUUCCUGAGAGACUAGAUGCCAGCUUGAACCUACUUUUAUACCCUGACAGUUUGAACCUGGAGGGGACAACAGCUGGUUCCAACUCUGGUCAGGAUGGGACGGGGGCCAGCUCGGGGGCAGAGAGCGCGCUAGGCAUUGAGUCCCAAUCCCAGCCUGUGCCUCAGGUUAACUUGCUUGGUGUGGAGGACAUAGGGGAGUCAGAUAAGGACGUGUCAAGGCUGUUCGCGGAGCUAGACCUGUUGUCUGCCACUGCUUCGAAGGCCAGGAUCCCAGAGGAGUUUGUGAAAUGCUGGGCCACAGAGAUGGUUUCUGCCCUGGACUCACUGCAUAAGGACGGCAUCAUCUGCAAGGAUCUCAAUCCCAACAACAUCCUUGUUAACAGCAAAGGCCAUGUGGAGCUCACAUAUUUUUGCAGCUGGAGUGACGUUGAGGACUCCUACAACAAGGAGGCCAUUGCCAACAUGUACUGCGCACCUGAGGUGGGGGGUAUCGUUGAAGAGACCGUAGCUUGUGAUUGGUGGAGUCUUGGGGCCAUCCUGUUUGAGCUGCUCACAGGCAAGUCUCUGCUGCAGUGCCACCCCACUGGUAUCAGUCGCCACACGGCCCUCAACAUCCCAGAGUUUGUAUCUGAGGAGGCCAGGUCUCUAUUAGAGCAGCUUCUCCAGUUCAACCCAAUUGAGAGGCUGGGGGCCGGGGUUGCCGGAGCAGAGGACAUCAAAUCACACCCCUUCUUCGGCAAUGUGGACUGGUCCAAAUAAGCCCAGUGCAUUGUGGGAGAGUGGAGGUCAGAGAUGAACAAACGUAAUGAGCUGCUGAUGUAGGUGAAUGUGUGCAUGCGUGCGUGUGCGCACACGCACACACACAGUCAAACACAGUAUUUCCACCAGAUGAGACCAGUGCCAGCAUGUGAACAAUAAAAUACUAAUAUGUUGGGGACGCUUCACGUCAUGCGACGGUCCAUGGACAUUUCUUUUUUCCUGGUUUUAAAAAUGCAUUCUCGGGAUAUUUAUUUUUUGGCCACUGGAUGUAAAAGUGCUGCUGUCCAGCCAAUACAGGUCCCUGAAAAUUGUGUACUAUGUCAUGUAUCCAUCAAAACGUGCCCCAAAUCAUCAAAUAAAUACUUAUAGACUAUGCUUGUAUAGAAAUGCACUUCAAGCCCAAAAUGGGUGAUUUUUCAAAACUUGUUUGGUCCCAGAUUGCAUCUUAUUUCAAACAACUCAAUUUCAAAUGUCCUUUAACAUUACAAUUUCCAUACAUCAAUAUAACAAUAGAUUGCAUUCUGUUUUCCUCCAACUAAAUGCAUGCGCAAACCAAACACCUGUUGCCUAAAUACUAAAUCUAAACACAUGAUUGGUCAUAUUUGUGUCGUUGGCAUGCUGCGCUAUCUUUAUUGCUCAUUGACCCAUAGUAGACUAACUUAGCUGACAGAACUGGGGCCAAAUUGAAAGCCUAAAAAAGUAUUUAUUUGCAACUUAUGUAGAAAUUUGUAAAUUGUGAUUGCUGAUACUUAUGUACAAAUUGAAUUGGAAUUUCAAGAAUCGUCUAAGAUCGUAACAUUAAUCUGUCUUAGGUAUAAUAGUUUAUUUUGUUAAUCGACUUUGCACAUGCUAUAUUAAAGACGCUAUUCUGACAAGGGAUAAUUAUUUACAGUGAACAUGCUUUGUACAGCAACUACAGCCUUUGAAUAUGGGUGAAUAUUGGUUGGAUUAUGGUCCGCUAGUGUUAUUUUUUUGGGGGGUCGCCGGAUUGUUUCUGCAAAAGGUUAAAAUGUUUUACCCUUAGAAACCCACUGUACUGUUGAUCAAUCUUUUUUUGUAUUUGAUAUUAAUAUAUCAUGAAAUAACAAAAGUAUUGAAAAAUAAAUAAUUGUUCAUGUAA